AUGAGAAGGGAAACUUCCAUUAUCAUCAAUGGAGAAUCUUCUUCUUCUUCAACAUUAGCAGCUAAGUAUUUUCUAUUUACAUUUCAAAAUAAAAAUGUUGUUGUAAUUUCAAAAUCUAGGGUUGCUUCAAUCUUCUUUUCCUUCUCUACCACUACUAGUAAUAAUAGUAAUCUUACUUCUUCUGAUUUCGAUUCUUCGUUUGUGGUUUCUUAUUUGAUUAAUUCUUGUGGAUUGUCUGAAAAUCAAGCUAUUACUGUUUCUGGAAAACUCAAUUUCAAAACCACACCCAAUCCAGAUUCAGUCUUAACUUCACUGAAAGCAAACGGAUUCACGGAGCUCCAAAUUUCUAAACUAAUCCCUAGAUACCCAGCCAUCCUCUCAUCUGAUCCUCAUAAAACCCUCAAGCCCAGGUUUGAUUUUUUCAUAUCCAGAGGGAUUCAUGGAGUUGACCUUGCCAACAUCAUCUCAAUGAACCCAUCGAUCCUGAAGCAGUAUUUCAGUAAAGUGAUAAUCCCUUCUUUCGAUAUCCUCAAGAGCAUUGUUCAGUCUGACCAAAAAGUCAUUAAAAUGAUUAAACGAAAUUAUCGGAUUCUCGGUUCAAACCAAGUUAAAAGAGUGAUGCUCAACCUAGAGCUUUUGAGAAAUCAAGGUGUCCCUGAAACCAACAUUCGUAUGGGUUUAAGCUGUCAACCAAGAACAUAUACAGAAAGCGCUGAUAGAUUUAAAGAUAUUGUAGAACAGGUUAAAGAAAUGGGGUUCCAUCAAUUACAAACUACAUUUCUUACAGCUAUACAAGGAUUGGCAUCAAUGACAGAAGCCAAUUGGAGAAAGAAAAAAGAUGUUUACAAGAGAUGGGGUUGGUCUGAAGAUCAAAUUCAAACAACAUUCAUGAAGAGUCCUAGUUGUAUGAUGGCCUCUGAAAAGAAGAUUAUGGCGGUUAUGAAUUUCCUUGUGAAUGAAAUGGAAUAUGAUUCAUCAAUUGUUGCUGAAAAACCAAUAUUUUUUAGUUAUAGCUUGAAGGGAAAAAUUAUCCCAAGGUGUUCUGUUAUCAGGAUCUUAGUAUCCAGAGGUAUGAUCAAGGAAAAUAUUCCAAUAAGCACACUUUCAAGAAUGGUAGAUGAGUCUUUCCUGGAGAAGUUUGUGAAAAAGUACGAGCAAGAAGUUCCUGAACUCAUGAAGAUAUUCCAAGGAUUCAUGAAUGAAUUGAAAACAAAAGGGUGUAUACUCCGGGCAUCCGGGGUAUGUCUCAAUAGAGAGAAAGGAUGCUUACUGGUUCUGUGUAAUGUGUGGCAACAUGUCAGUUCCACUUCCUGCAGGCUGCAGCAUAUAGUUGUCAUUGCUGUUAGGUUAACUGGGAGUCUUCAUGGACAGGCUGUUACAAGAUCUGCCAAGACUGACUGCACAAAUCUAAUGAUCAUAGUAUCUGCUUUACUGUUUUAG